AGAUAAAAUCAAACUUUAAUAAAUUCAUAUCGAACCAAUAGGAUUAGACGAAGGGAACUGCACUGCCCCAUAGAAUUCAAGCUCUUCCAAACAAACACAAGCUAGCUAAAAUGAACUGUAAAAUGAAGAGCUCUUUCUACAAUUGGAGAAUGUUACAAGUAACUUAUAUAAUGGAGAUGGAGCAAGAAUUGGAGUGGAAUGAGGCACAGAGAAUUGUGAUAAGUGUAGACCUUGUCACUGCUGCCCAACAACAGAUUGAUUUUCUUGCUGAAGUUGACAGGAACCGCUGGCUCUAUGAAGGCCCUGCCCUUCAUAAGGCCAUCAAUAGGUACUAUAGAUGUUGGCUUCCAUUGCUGGCAGAACAUUGUGUGACACCAUUCUUUGAGGGGCCUCUGGUUGUCCCUCUUGACUGUGAGUGGGUGUGGCACUGUCACAGGCUCAACCCUGUUCGGUACAGCUCUGACUGCAAGAGGCUGUAUGGAACAGUUCUUGACAGCCAUGAUGUCGCAUCUUCGACGAAAGGAACUUGUAAAUGGGAAACUGAACAAGUCUGGAAGAAAUUGUACCCAAGCGAGCCAUAUGAAAUGGACUUCGCGAGAGCUCUUUCUGUUGAUGAGGCCUCAACAAUGUCUGAUCAGCAGCACAUCAAGUGGGGCUGCAAUUAUGACUUGGUUUCAGCUGUUAAAAGGCAAACUCCAUUUUUCUACCAGGUAUCGAGACCUCACAUGAGGAGCAAGCUGUACCUUGAAGGGGCUGUGGCUAGAUACAAAGCCUUCUUGCAUUUAAUCAGAAGAAACAAAGAGAGAUCCAUAAAAUGCUUCUGUGUUCCAACUUAUGACAUUGAUCUUAUUUGGCAUGCCCAUCAAUUACAUCCCAAUGCUUACUGCAAAGACCUUGUGAAACUAGUUGGCCUCAUUUUGGGGCACGAUGAUACGGAUUCGGACAGAACAAAAGGGAAUAAGCUAGACACUGGGUUCUCUAACACCACCAAGCUCUGGGAAGGAACAUAUGGUCGGAGAUAUUGGAGGGCAGGUGCGAUGUACCGAGGCAAUCCACCGUUAUCUCUUCCCAUCUUUCACAAUGAUGGCUUUCCCUCUAACCAUGUCAAAAAGAAUGUGGAUUUGACCCUCCAUAAGCAUCUGAAGUUAAUGAAUCUCCCUGAAACAAAGGUUCUUGAGGUGAUGUUGGAGUUCACAGGGUUAAGAAAUGUCCCAGUGCAGCAUAGAGGGAGGAAUCUCUUUGUAUCAUUUGGAAAAGAACAGCCCGAUAGAAUCUUUGGUGCGAAGAGAAGGCUUGGCAUUUCAUCAGAGUGUGGGGAAAAAUGGGUUGCUUCAUUUCAAUGCGAAGCUAAUGGGAAUCUGUUCUUUGAACUCAUGGAUCAUUUCAAAACUAUGGGUUCUGUUUCUGCCUCUUUGGAAGAACUGAUAUCCCCAGCCUCUGGUCUCUCUAUGGAGAAAUGGCUCGAACUGGUUCCAGAUCCCGAGUUGGCAAUUUCCAUGCCCAUCUCUUUAAGAGUUGCAAUCUCAGUAACAAUGCCAACAACCGCACCAUAUGUGCUUCGCAUGAUUCGUUCUCCACCAGUUUCAAAGAAGUCUGGCCUUUUCCCUCUCCCUGGGGCAGAUAAAAAAUGGACAAGAAUCAUAGAUGAACAUGGUGAUGAGAUCAUCAGCCUGCAAAUGAGGGAUUCCAAUGAAUCGAAGGGAAACCCAGAUUCUAUGCUAAGGCAAGAAGUUGUUGCUGUAACAAAAUCUGGUGAAACAUGUACUCUUGCUGAAUUCCAAGGGACAGAAUGGUCACUGAUAGAUGCAGAGUGGUCAGUUUGUUAUCACAAACAGGGCGACGGUCACGAGGAUGGUCACCUCUUGAAGCUUUUUGGGCCGCGAAUUAUUAAGUAUUUCUCUGGCCGGAAGCUGGAAUACCAGCCCAAAGAGCAUUUUCAGAAGCAAAGAUGUGAAGAUGAAUUUAUGACUGCUAUAGAGUUCUCGGCUGAAGCCCCAUAUGGCAAGGCGGUGGCCAUGGUCGACUUGAAAUUUGGAGUUAUCAAUGUGAAAGAGAAGUGGUUACUUCUGCCAGGAACUUUAACUGCUUUUAUACUUGGUGACAUUUUGAGAAAGGAAGGUUAUGGUAGUCUUUCCAUAAGCAGAGAAAGUUGGAAGGUCAAGUGCUCAAACCAGGGUGGCACUAAAACCAACCCCAAGCUGACUGGGGACAAUGAAAUGGAGACUCAGACACAGAUUCAUAUAGGAAGCGACUUGAAAAGCAGCGGCUGUGGAGGUGGUGGUUGUGGCAGUGGUGGUUGUGGCGGGGGCGGUUGUGGAAGCUGUGGUAAUGGAGGUGGGAGCUGUGGUGGUUGUGGUGCAGGUGACAUGAAAUCUGGGGGCUGCGGCGGUGGUGGUUGUGGUGGCCACUGCGGUGGUGGUGGUGGUUGUGGUGGUUGUGGUGCUGGUGACUUGAGAUCUGGGGGCUGCGGCGGUGGUGGUUGUGGUGGCCACUGCGGCGGUGGUGGCCACUGCAGUGGAGGUGCUAGUGAUAAGCUGGUGGUUGCAAUGGAUUCGUCUUGAAACGCGAGUCCAAAAAGACAAUACAUUGCAGGGGUGAUUGCAGGGAAAUAAUAAAGCUUAAUCCAUAACAGCUCUGUAUAAAAAUAAUGAAGCCUCUUCUCUUCAUUGUCAUUGUAACUAUGUAUCACAAGAAUAAAACUUAAAUCUAAUGAACUCAAUUUGGGGUU